CGCGGAGAUAGUCGGAGUAAGGUAGUGAACGCGUUCAGGUCCAAGCUUUGCCAAUUACAGAGACAUGGAAAGCACUUGGACAUUAAAUCAUGCGCGACACGAUUUUAUUUCUUCUGCUACUUUCACCAGCGGUACCCGCGUAGGACCGGUUUUGUCGGGUAUCUUCGGAUGGCACAGCAAUAUAUAUAACUUCACCCCCAACAGCUGCUUUUAUCUCCCACACAUACUACUCACGAGCUAGCUCGACUAGUACCCAUUCUCGACAACUCUUGGCGCUGGUUGUAGAUGGAGCAAGAAUAGCUCCACGAUGGUUCAGAAAAGCUCACUCAGGUCUGCUACGCGGAGUGGCGCUCGCUCAUGCCGGGCCGCUCUCCCUGGAAGGACUUCCUCGCGGUCCAACGGCACGGCGGUUGCACAAGUGAGCGAGGCCCCAGCACCUGAUAACAUCAAGGAUCCCUCCAUCCCACCAGAUGGCCCGAGUCUUCUGCUGCAGCUUCCGAGGGAACUCAAGGACAUGAUCUACGAAUACGCGUUGACAAACGACCACGGUCUUGUGGAAGAGGCUAGCUCUGCUGCCAUCAAUACACGCACGCGAUUCCGGAUACUCGACAGUCACUCCCGUCAAUCGACUCACCCAAACCCUCUUAAAGAAGUCUGCCGAGAGACGUACUACGCGACGCGAGGACUCGCGAUUAAGUUCAAUGAUCUGACGUGGAGGGGAAACACGCCGUCGGCGGCUGUUCUACAUUUCGAGCGCUUCCUCCAGCAGUGCGCACCUUUCCGCAAGGACUGGAUUAAGCGAAUCAUCUUCACCUUUGGAUCCUGGCCUUCGCUGAACUUAGCUUUCCACUUCGGCCCGUCGACACCACCGUACGACUUCUGCAUCCAGCAUCCGAACGCCGUCGUCAUUGUUCGUCUAGACUGCUGCAUCCCUUUUCUAAGCAAAAUAGACUACGUUUACUGGGUCAAUGCGUUCCACUACGUUCUACGGGGCAGCUUUCCAUUGCCAAUGCUCCUUGGACGCGACCUGCUCUACGAGGACUGUGUUCUAGAAUGGUGCGGUUUCCAACGACCUGCUAAUCUUCGUUUCACCUGCUCAACAACCUUCGGUGAACGCUCUCAGUACGUUAUUCGGGAAUUACUUUCAGGGUAUUAUGGAUUUGGAGAUACGGUCGCAGAUGCAAUCCUGCAAGUGAUGAGAGCUCUGCACAAAGAUGGUCUCUGAGGACAGGUUCUAAGGAACUAUGUGGGAGGCGCCGGUCAAGGUUCUUUUUCGGAACGGGCUUAAGCGAAAACCGUUUAUCUUCUUACUAGGGACCAAAGCAAAUUCCCUCAUGAUGGCUUGCACCUUGAGAUUGUGUGGGAUGUUUACGGAUAAAAUUUUGCAGC